GUGCGCACAGCCCGCCUGGGAGUUCUGUGUGGGCCUGCGCGAGCCGGGGUGCGAGCGGAGUCCGUUAGCGGGCGGCAAUGAGUUUGACCGCGUCCAUAGCCCGAGCUGCUCUCCGGUUCGUCUUCCGACGGUCUAAUGUCGGGCCAGCUGCCUGUUCCUCUUCCACGUGGUUGCCAGGGUCCUGGAUUCACUGUCAUUCCGGAUCUGCGAGGGCAAUGUCAUCAAGAAGAAAAACAAACCAUCUAGAAAGGACUGUCAAUAAUUUCCGCCAAGAGAUGAUUGCUGAAGCAAAAGUCUGUGGAAUACUUCAGGAAUCUGAAACAGUUAAAAGACUGCGCCUUGUCGUCAUGAACAAAGAUUUCGCUUUCAAAGCAGGACAGUGGGUAGAUUUCUUUAUACCUGGCAUUUCACAAGUUGGUGGCUUUUCUAUCUGUUCAAGUCCGGGGCUCUUGGAGAGGGAAAGUGUAUUAGAAUUGGCCGUAAAAUACAGUAAACAACUGCCUGCCCACUGGAUUCAUACUCAGUGCGAUAUUGGCUCAGAAGUAACUCUUCGUGUCGGAGGUGAUUUCUUCUUUGACCCUCAGCCUUCUGACAAACCGGUGAACCUGUUACUGGUUGCAGGUGGAGUGGGCAUUAAUCCCUUGUAUUCCAUACUCUUGCACGUUGUGGAUCUCUACAGAAUGCAAGGAAGCAAGUCUUGUAAUUACAAACCAGGAUCAGUGCAGCUGUAUUAUAGCGCCAAAAACACAGAUGAACUCCUUUUCAAGAGAAGCAUCAUAAACCUGGCAAGAGAGUUUUCUGGAAAAAUCAACUGUAAUUUUCAUGUGACACAACAAAGUUUUGAAAUAUCUGGAAAUAUGCAACCUUAUGUGACUGCUGGAAGAAUAUCUGAAAGGACUCUAGCGCACGUAUCAAAGGAUAACCUCUGUUAUAUUUGCGGUCCACCUCCGAUGAUAGAGGCUGUUUCUCAACAGUUAGAAAAACUUGGCGUUCCUAAAGAGUGUAUCAUUUUUGAAAAGUGGUGGUAAUGCAAGUCUAAAAAAAAUUACCUCAACAUGUUCUGAUAAUCAAAGAGUUGUAACUUUACUCCAGCAUUGAAUAUCAAUCUCUGAUUGUUCUUUGAUUCCAAGACCAUUAAGAUUGCUGGAAGCCGUACUCAAAAUUGGAAAUUGAGAUCAGUAUAAUUAGGUUCAAUGCUAUUCAUGUAGUGAAUUGUCUGGGAUUUUCACUUCUGAAU